CCGGGUGUGGCUGCCGGCAGCGGGGGCGGGGGCCCGGAGAUGCCUUUGUAGGCAGCGGGGCGGCCUCGUCCCAUUUCUCUCUCCGCUCCGCUCCGGCCGGUCAUGGCCGCGUCCCGUCCGACUCACGGCUGCGGCAGCGGAGCGCUGCUGGAUCCCUUCGGAGUGCUGCUGCAGGCAUUGCUGGCACUGUGCACCUUCAGCGUGCUGAUGAUAAAACGAUGUAAGGAACCAAAAGAAGAGAGGCGUCCCUGGAGGAUAUGGCUUUAUGAUACCUCCAAGCAAGCAAUAGGUGCCAUCGUCAUCCACUUUGCCAAUAUUUUUCUGUCUGAUCUCACUGGGAAGGACCCUUGCUCUCUCUACCUUAUUAAUUUCAUCCUUGAUGCCACGCUGGGGAUGCUGCUGAUUUGGCUUGGUGUGAAGGUGGUCUCCUGGGUUGUGCAGCGUCAGAAGUACACAUACCUGGUCUUCGGAGAAUAUGGUGACCCUCCACAAGCUGCUGCUUGGGUUUGCCAGUGUAUCCUCUACGUGCUGAUAAUGCUUGUGGAGAAGACUCUGAUUAUCUUUGUCCUGCUGAUCCCUAGUUGGAAAAAGCUUCAGCAGAUCCUCCUGAGUUACAUCCCAGACCCCCAGGUGGAGCUCGUCUUGGUCAUGUUUGCUGUGCCUCUUAUUGUAAAUACCAUUAUGUUGUGGGUUGUGGACAGCUUGAUCAUGAGGAAAUACAAGCAGAAAGACACCUUGGACAUCAAUGGAUCCACAGAAACCCCACACGCUAGGAGUGAGGAAUCUCAGGUGUUGCUCUCUCCAGACAUGGAUUUUGACCAGUCUGAAAGUGACCAGGAUAUCUCAGGACUCCAGGGAACAAACCAGAAGAUGAAGCAGCCCAGCUACCACGUGGUCAUCUGAUAGCACUGAGAUGAUGGAGGUGGAGGAAGGAAGAAGUACUGUAAUUCCUGAGCUGGCUGAGGAAGGAUGCAGAAUGCAGCUGAUCUCUAGGGAUCUGUAGAGACUUGCCUCAUGUAGACACCCCCUUCUGUAGUUCUCUCUUUAGGAUGCUGUCUGUACAGCCUGUAUCUAAGCAGUAUCUGCUUUAUCUGCCUGACCCUACCAUAGACACAUUGCAGGCACAUGGAGGUUAGGGUAAGGAUGUAUACUUCCUCUGGCUGGCCAGCUGGGUGUAACUUUGUCAGGGCUAGAGACUGCAAUCAGAAAGUUCUCUGCUUCUUUUUAUAGAAAAAUCUAUCUUGUACUGUCUGAACUGUAACACUUUUAUAUUGCACAGAUACUCUACAGAACUGGCUUGUGAUUAUAUAUUUAAAUGCCUUGAAUUGGGAAGAUUGUCUCAGUGGAUCUGAUGUAUUUUUUUACUGUUUUAUAAAGAAUGCAAUAAAUAUUCGACUUAAAACUGC